AUGUUCUUGACAAACCUUCUGUUGCGGCUUUUCAUCUUCCUAAUCAACAACAGAUUUCCUUCUGUUGUCAGACUACCUUUUCAUCUUCCUAAUCAACAACAGAUUGUAUAUGGCGAAGACGAUGAUAUUGAUGAUGUUCUUGACAAACCUUCUGUUGCGGCUUCAAAGUUCACAUCUUGGAUGGAGUGUAAUGUAAUCGACAGUGAAGCACGAAAACUUAUAUAUGUUGAAUUUCCUACAAAGUUUGUUUGGAUAUUAAAUGGUCGGUUUUGGAAGCGAAGGAAAGUAGGAAAAACCAUCGGUAGAAUUCAUUCGGUUUCACCUAAACUAGGUGAAGCAUAUUUCUUGAGGAUUCUUUUAAAUAAAGUAAAAGGUCCAACAUCAUUUAAAGAAAUUUGCAUGGUAAAUGGUGAAACACAUUCUUCUUUCAGAGAUGCUUGUUAUGCACUCGGGCUAUUAGAUGAUGAGAAGGAAUACAUUGAUGCAAUUAAAGAAGCAAGUCAUUCUGGAUCUGGUUUUUAUCUACGUUUCUUAUUUGCUACAUUGUUGAUGUGUAAUAGUAUGUCUAAACCAGAGGUCGUUUGGGAAAAUACAUGGGAAUAUUUGGCAGAUGGAAUUCUAUAUAACCAACGACAGAGAUUUAAGUCUGCAGAUGAACUUAAGAACUUAACUUUGUUCGAAAUAGAACAAAUUUUACUUCGAAACAACUUUACUCUCAAAAACUUCAAAAAGAUGUCAUACCCAAAUGUUGAAUCCGUUUCUUCUUCAAACAAUCGACUUAUCACCGAGGAGCUAUAUUACGACAUUCCCGUUAUAAAGAAUGACUAUGAUCGUAUGUUUCUUGCAUUAACCAAUGAGCAACGUAACAUUUUCCUAAACAUCAUGAGUGCUAUUCAAGAUAAUAAAGGAGGUGUCUUCUUUGUUUACGGUUAUGGUGUAACGGGUAAAAAAUUUUUAUGGAAGACAAUAUCUGCAGCAAUUAGAUCUGAUGGUAAUAUUGUCUUAAAUGUUGCUUCAAGCGGUAUUGCUUCCUUAUUAUUGCCCGGUGGUAGAACAGCACACUCUCGAUUUAUAAUUCCAUUUGAACUUACAGAGGAUUCUUUUGUAAAAUAA